CAUAUAUCCGGAGAAAGAAAUCCGAGCCACUUUCCCCCUUUCUGCCAAAGUCUACACGGCAACAGCAGCAGCAGCGGCUGCAACGAACAGACGAGAGAGAGAGAGAGAGAGAGCAACUACAGCGGAGAGAGAUGGAAGCACCGCCUCCACCACCCAACUACUCCGAAACAUCCUCCGCCAAACCAUAUUUCGGCCGAUAUAUCGGCCGAAACGACCUGGACCAGAUGCCCGAGACCCCCCGUCGCGGGUCCCAUCGCCGGGCCCACUCCGACACCUCCUUCCGCCUCCCUGACGACGACGAUGACAUCCUCUUUGAUGCCGCCGACACUGACUUCUCCCUUGCUGACAUCGACAUCCCGACACUGUCCCUGCAGGACUCCGCUUUCCCGACGCACGUCGAUUCUUCCGCUGCCAAAUCGGAGGAAUCCAACGGCAGGGAUGACUCCAGCUCGAGGCCUGUUGGAAACAUUAGCAACCACUUCAGGAGCUUAUCGGUUGAUGCUGCGUUCUUCGAGGGGUUGGGAUUCCAGCCGUUGGUCAACGGCGGCGAAGGGCAGGGCGAGAAGCCGGGUGCUGGUGGGAGGGGUGUUCAGGAGAAGAGGAUGCACCGACACAGCAAUUCUAUGGAUGGGUCGUCGUCUUCGUUUGAAGCGGAUUCGUUGUCAGAUUACACGAAGAAGGCGAUGGCGGCAGAUAAGCUGGCUGAGCUGGCGCUGAUUGAUCCAAAGAGAGCAAAGAGGAUUCUAGCUAAUAGGCAAUCAGCAGCGCGGUCAAAAGAGAGAAAGAUAAGGUACACAAGUGAGCUGGAGAGGAAGGUGCAAACGCUUCAAACGGAGGCUACCACGUUGUCGGCGCAGCUUACACUUCUACAGAGAGACACUACUGGUUUAACUGCUGAGAACAAGGAACUCAAACUGCGGCUGCAGGCUAUGGAGCAACAAGCGCAUCUUCGUGAUGCUCUCAAUGAAGCACUGAGGGAAGAAGUACAGCGGCUUAAGAUAGCAACCGGCCAAGUCCAAAACGUCAACAACAAUGCCUUCAACAGAGUACAACAGCAGUCAGCUCCUGCAUUUUUCUCUCACCCACAGCAGUUGCAUCAUCUAGUAGGUAGCCAGCAAACCCAGCAGCUCCAUAUGUCCCAGUCGUCUCCCAAUCGGCAGUCUCCACAGGGUCAAGGCUCCUCGGACUUCAAUUAUCUCUAGCAACUAGGUUUGUUUUUCCUGCAGGAGGCGAUUGGAAGGUAAGUCCCUACCUUAAAUAGGUGGUUAUGUAUGUAUAUAGGGCGUGCUCGAGUGGUACCACUGCCACCGUAAAAUGUGGGGCCCUGGUGAUGUAUGAAGGCUGUUCAACUUGUCCAUCAGAUGCAUCAUCUCAAAUUAUCCUCAGGUACCAAAAUUCAGCCUGAUCCAACCUGCAGGUGGGCCACAACACGGAACAGUGUGAGAGGGGGCACCCACCGUUGAUUUAAACACGGGUCCACCUGAAUUUCAAAACAGCCUGACCCUUCAUCCAGACCAGAUGAAGGGUUUGAAUGGCCUGGAUUUUAUAUAUACAACAUGGUGGGCCCUCCAUGCAAAUCAAGAGUGGACACUCCCUCCCAACUAUUUCCCUGUGGGGUGGCAGACCUGAUUCAUGGAUCAGCCUGAUUUUAGGGCCCUGGCAAUAACAUGCACUGAUGCAUAUGAUGGAUGGGUUGGAAUUUAUGCAUGCAUUGCAUGUGCUCCACGUCUGCCUAGUAUCACUGGAGCUUACUGUGGUGCCAGUACCACUGGAGCACGCCCCAUGUAUAUGUAUAUAUUAGUGUAAACUUGUUAUAGUCUCUUCCAAUGAUAAUUAGAAUACUUUCGUCCUUGUAAUUUUAGUACUAUGCAUGUGUAUUCAACUAUCUUCUGAAUAAAACUUUGUAUGAAACAUGUAUCCUCUACUUGUAAUAGCCUUUUGUAAAAAUGUAAUAUGAAAGGUUUGACAAAGUGUUAUGGCA